UCUGACCUAGUACUUGCUCAAACCGGUCUCGUAGUAAAAUUCUCACCAUGUCACUCAGAAAAUUAUUGUCUCAAAGGUUACUUACGACUCGCUUGUUUCUUCAUGCAGAGACCCAAUGUUGCUGCCGGAGAAAGUAUUCUUUGCAGCUGAUUCCAAUGGGAAAGUUUCAUGAACCCAAUACUGAAACAGAAGCAUAUCAGCCAGGACAGAUGUUUUUUCACAAGGUAUUUCCAUACAGAGGGGUAGUGUUACAUCCAUGGCUAGCCAGAGUUGAUGAUCGUUCUCAGAAAGACAGAACAAGCAGAUCAGAAAGAAAAACACAGCUUUACUAUCAGGUUCUAGUCGAUGAAACAGAUUCUCAGCAUGUAAGAGUAGAGAAUUUAUCAGUGACAUUUCGCCCACCAGAGAAUGGGAACAGAUACAGUUUAUUUUCACAGAUAUAUUCAAUACGCGGAAUAGACUAUGUGGCUCACCAGGACAUAAUGCCUUAUACAGUGACAGAAGAUGCAAAACCGAUACAGCAUGAAUUAUUUGAUAAGUUUCUGACACCGGUACCUGAUUCAGACAAAUCUACUAGAUAUGUGGCAAAAGAUAUUUUAAGGUCUUUUCAGGAAGCAAAUCACCCCUGGUUACGUUUAUCAGACGUUUAUAAACAAACAACUGAGAAUAUUAGGGUUACUGUGAUACCUUUUUACAUGGGAAACCAGGAAGUAUAUAAUAAAGACUUGGAAGUAUACAACAAGUACUGGUGGAGAUAUUGUAUUCGUAUUGAGAAUCUUGGGGAGGACACAGUUCAGCUACGUGAUAGAGAGUUGAAAACCUUUUCCAAUAAUAAUUCAAUGGAAACUCUGCAUGGCAGGGGAGUUACUGGAUUGGAACCAAAGCUUUCGAAAGACUCACCAGCAUUUCAAUACAGUAGUCAUAUAACACUGGAAUGUCCUGCGGGAUAUAUGUGGGGAGUGUAUACCUUUGAAAGAGAGGACGGAUCAAAGUUUAAAUGCAAUAUUCCAGCCUUUAAUCUGCAGAAAGUUGAAGUUAAUUUGCAUGACUCGAAUAAUGACCUCAAAGGAUAGGCAUUCAUUGUGUUAUGGUGUGCUAAAAGAUUCACAAUUGAUCAUUUAACAUCAGAGUGGUAGACAGAACAUUCAGGGAAUAGCCCACAUCAUACUUGGAAGGACUGUGUGUCAAUUUCAGGCUGGGCCUCGGUGUUGGGAGUCGGGAUGUUGAUUUCUGUGUAGAAAAAUAAAAAUAUGUCUACAUCAUUUAGAUUCACAAGAUCAAGCAGUGUUUUUUCCCCAGCAUCAAAAGCCUGUUUUACUAUUACAAAUGCUCUACUUAUGGUGCUCCCAAGACUGCUGUUGUCUGCCCUGACCGGGACUGGUUGUCUCCCCUGACUAGAAGAGCAGCUUUUUCUCAGUACACUGGUUUCUUCCAUUUUUUGCUUUAUUAUAACGCAAAUUUGUCAUCAGAUAGAUAAGACAGGGGAAUAACUGAGUGCUGUUUUUUUUUAUUUAAUUAAUGGGUGUUGUUUUGGUAAUAGAAAUAACUAGAGUUAUACAUCCACAAUAUAGCCUUGUCACAAAACUAAGCCAAUGUCAAAGCUGAACAUCCUUGACCUUUGACCUCAAACUCAAUGGAGGUCAUCUGCUUGUCAUGAUCAACCUCCCUAUGAAGUUUCAUGAUCCUUGGCCCAGGUCAUCUCAAGUUACUGUCUGGAAAAGGUUUAAAUGACCUCUGAUCUUUUGAACCCAGAAUCAUUAUGGGUCAUCUGCUGGUCAUGACCAACCUUGUUUUACUAUUACAAAUGCUCUACUUAUGGUGCUCCCAAGACUGCUGUUGUCUGCCCUGACCAGGACUGGUUGUCUCCCCUGACUAGAAGAGCAGCUUUUUCUCAGUACACUGGUUUCUUCCAUUUUUAGCUCAUCUGAUUUUUUGAAAAAAAAUGAUGAGUUAUUGUCAUCACUUGAGCGGUUGUCGGCGUCGGCGUUGCCUGGUUAAGUUUUAUGUUUAGGUCAGCUUUUCUCCUAAACUAUCAAAGCUAUUGCUUUGAAACUUGGAAUACUUGUUCACCAUCAUAAGCUGACCCUGUAUAGCAAGAAACAUAACUCCAUCUUGCUUUUUGCAAGAUUUAUGGCCCCUUUUGUACUUAGAAAAUAUCAGAUUUCUUGGUUAAGUUUUAUGUUUAGGUCAACUUUUCUCCUAAACUAUCAAAGCUAUUGCUUUGAAACUUGGAAUACUUGUUCACCAUCAUAAGCAGACCCUGUACAUCAAGAAACAUAACUCCAUCUUGCUUUUUGCAAGAAUUAUUGCCCCUUUUGGACUUAGAAAAUCAGUUUUCUUGGUUAAGUUUUAUGUUUAGGUCAGCUUUUAUCCUAAAUUAUCAAAGCUAUUGCUUUAAAACUUGCAACACUUGUUCACCAUCAUAAACUGACCCUGUACAGCAAGAAACAUAACUCCAUCCUGCUUUUUGCAAGAUUAAUGGCCCCUUUUGGACUUAGAAAAUAUCAGAUUUCUUGGUUAAGUUUUAUGUUUAGGUCAACUUUUUCUCUUAAACUAUCAAAGCUAUUGCUUUGAAACUUGUAACACUUGUUCACCAUCAUAAGCUGACCCUGUAUAGCAAGCAACAUAACUCCAUCCUGCUUUUUGCAAUAAUUAUUGCCCCUUUUGGACUUAGAAAAUCAUUUUCUUGGUUGAGUAUUAUGUUUAAGUCGACUUUUCUCAUAAACUAUCAAAGCUAUUGCUUUAAAACUUGCAACAGUUUUUCACCAUCAUAAGUGGGCACUGUACAUCAAGAAACAUAACUCUAUCCUGCUUUUUGCAAAAAGUGGCCCUUUUUAGACUUAGAAAAUCAUGGGUAGGACAAUAUUUCUAUUACACAAAAAAAAUCAGAUGAGCGUCAGCACCCGCAAGGCGGUGCUCUUGUUUGCUUUAUUAUAACGCAAAUUUGUCAUCAGAUAGAUAAGACAGGGGAAUAACUGAGUGCUGUUUUUUUUUAUUUAAUUAAUGGGUGUUGUUUUGGUUAUAGAAAUAACUAGAGUUAUACAUCCACAAUAUAGCCUUGUCACAAAACUAAGCCAAUGUCAAAGCUGAACAUCCUUGACCUUUGACCUAAUGACCUCAAACUCAAUGGAGGUCAUCUGCUUGUCAUGAUCAACCUCCCUAUAAAGUUUCAUGAUCCUUGGCCCAGGUCAUCUCAAGUUACUGUCUGGUUUAAAUGACCUCUGAUCUUUUGAACCCAGAAUCAUUAUGGGUCAUCUGCUGGUCAUGACCAACCUUCAUAUUAAAUUUCGUGAUCCUAGUCCCAAGCGUUGUGAAGUUAUUGUCCGAAAACCAUCAAAAUCAUUAGGGGUCAUCUGCUGGUCAUAACCAACCUCCUUAUCAAUUUUCAUGAUCCUAGGCUCAAGUGUACCCAAAUUAUCAUCCGGAAAUUGUUUAGCUGUUGCGAGCCACUGUGACCUUGACCUUUGACCUACUGACCCCAAAUUUGAAUUUAGCAUGUAUUUUCUGAUGUUACACCUGUGUACCAAAAAUUAUUUAAAUUGGUCAAGCCUUUCCAAGAGUUACCAUCUGGAAACCGUUUAGCUGUUGUGAGUGACUGUGACCUUGACCUUUGACAUACUGACUCCAAAUUCGAAUUUAACUGUAUUUUCUAAUGUUACACCUGUGUACCAAAAAUUAUUCAAAUCAGUCAAGCCUUUAAAGAGUUAUCAUCUGGAAACUGUUUAACUGUUUCGAGUCACUGUGACCUUGACCUUUGAUCUUCUGACCUCAAAGUUGAACUUUACCUGUAUUUUCUGAUGUUACACCUGUGUACCAAAAAUUAUUUAAAAUGGUCAAGCCUUUCAAGAGUUAUCAUCCGGAAAACAUAAAACCAACGGACCGACAGACAAGCUCACUCCUAUAUACCCCUCAAACUUUGUUCUGUGGGGGUAUAAUUAUCAAUUAUAAUUAAUUGCCAAUGUUUGUGUGUAGAAAAAACAACAACAUAGAAAUAAAUUACAUGCAUGAUUUAUUGAUAUGUCGUUAUAUGUCAACAGAAAUCAUGUGACACAGUACAGUACUCUUCAUGCUUUAUAUAUACUAGCGGAAAAAAGAAACUGUGCAUGGGUAUAAUAUGCUAUAACUUAGGAGGUAUAUAAGAAAUCGCAAAAAAGAUUUCAACAGGGUUUUAUCUGACCUUUAUUUAACACCAGCUCAGUUGAUAUGGUUAUUGCAUCAGCAAAUGACCGAGAGGGAUACACAGCUUACCUGUGUAAAGUUUCAAGCUUUAAUUUAUAAUAUUGAGCGAUACAUGAACAUUUUACACAUGCAGUUUCUUUUUUCCGCUAGUAUAUAUCAAUCACAAUCAAGCUGUAGUUCUAUUAUGGAAUUUUGUUACGUUAACAUUGCAUUUAUGUAUGAUUAUGUCAGUGAUGGCUGAUAACUGGUUAAUAAAAUAUACUAUAUUCUA